CUUCCAUGUUGUGAUAACGUGUCAGGUUCCAAAGUCCAAAGAGUAAGGUGAGCGCGUGAAGAUAGAGCAAAGGUUUUCCGCCGCACCUAUGUUUGGCGCGUCUUUUCACGCGCUAACCAUUUCAUCUUCCAGCUUCAGUUUGAGCUGCAGGAACAACUCUUCACGCUCUUCAAUGGCCGCAUCCACUGUUCGUAUUGCCGUCGUCGGCGAUGUGCAUGAUUGCUGGAACUUAGAAGAAGAUUCUAAGGCACUUGAGUUUUUGCAGCCAGAUUUGGUGCUGUUUACAGGCAAGUUUUUUUGUUUCAGCUGAUCAACAACCUAAAGCACUGUGAUGAGUUUCCUAAAUGCAUUUUGGUGCCAUUGUUCAAGAGACUGAGACCUAGAAAGGCACAAGCUGCAAGGAUAAGGCUAUAUACAUAAUCCACCCUCCCCUUACCCCACUAGGUGUUAGUCUCAUGCAGCCACUACUUCAUCAUGGACUAAUUGGUGAUUUUGGUGAUGAAAAUGUUGAAGUUGUUCAGAGUGUAGCCAAUCUUGAAUUUCCUAAAGCAGUUAUACUGGGAAACCAUGAUUCCUGGUUUACUAAGCAAUUUUCUGGAAGUGAGAAGGAUAAUGUGCAGCUUCAGCUAGAAUGCCUUGGCGAGGAGCAUGUGGCCUAUCAACGUUUAGACUUUCCCAUGAUAAAAGUGAGUGUUGUUGGUGGACGGCCAUUUUCUUGUGGGGGUAAAGCUUUGUUCCCCAAAAAGCUCCUGGCUGCAAGAUAUGGAAUUAAAGACAUGGAUGAAAGUGCUAGGAGAAUCUAUAAAGCUGCUCAUGGCACACCAGAGGAUCAUUUUCUUAUAUUACUAGCACAUAAUGGACCUACAGGCCUUGGUUCUGCUGUGAAUGAUAUAUGCGGCAAAGAUUGGGAAUUUAAGGGUAAUGGUGAUCAUGGUGACCCAGAUCUAGCACAAGCAAUAUCCAUGAUAAAGGAGAACAAUCAAGUCUCUAUUCCAUUGGUUGUGUUUGGCCACAUGCACAAAGAGCUGGCAUAUGGCAAAGGCUUUAGGAAAAUGGUUGUAGCCGGCACUGACAACACCAUAUAUUUGAAUGGGGCCAUAGUUCCUAGAGUCAAAACGUCGCUAGACGAAGUCAAGGGGAACUCGGAUGAUCAAAGUUCCCUUAACUCACCACCAGAGGCUGGUGGUACAACAAGAGUCUUUACUUUGGUUGUGAUUUCAGAAGGAAGAGUUGUGAAGAUAAUAGAGAGUUGGGUCUCGGUUGUCAAAGACAGGACCACUUUAGAAGAAGAGCAUAUAUUAUUCGAAGGGAGUUAGGAACAUCAUUCCUCAUCCUCCACAUUUUAGGUCCUUUGCUUAAGUCACAUCAUAUCAUACUUGAUUGAUACACAAACACAUGGUAUUCAAUGUUGACACCACGGUGUAGAAUUGACAUGUCUUGAUAAUAAUUCUCAUCUAUAUGGUGCUUUAUAAUUAUUAUACUUGUAUUGGUACCUUUUCAUUUAUGUGGUAAUCCAAAUAUGCAGGCUCUCUGUCUUUA